AUGGGUCUUUAUGAGGAUAUGUAUGGUAACCAACAACCAACGGAGGACAUUAAGAUCAAAAAACAUGUUUCAUUUAAGCCUAGUUCAAAGUUCCAUAGUAAUAACUACGCGAAUCACUACAUUCAUGCUGACUCAUUCCCUCAAUCGCAUGUAAAGAACAUUGAAAAUACAGUGGAAGGUUAUCCUAAACUUCAUAAGUUGUUUCAGCUCAAGGAAAAGCAGAUCGCUAAGCAUGCGACUACUCCCUUUGGCUGCCAUGUUGAUAUUGAUCAUAUGGUACCAACAUUGAACAGGUGGAUCCAGCGUGAUAAGUUGAUCUUUGACGUUGUCAUGAUAGGGUGCCUCAGUGAAAACCAGUUUAUUUACCCAUUGCUUACUCAAUUACCAAUUAACAAGCUUGUUUCCAAACCUGGCUUUCUAUUUAUUUGGGCCAGUGCUCAAAAGAUUAACGAAUUAACCAAGUUGUUGAACAACGAAGGAUGGGCGAAAAAGUUCCGUAGAAGCGAAGAGUUUGUCUUUGUUCCGGUUAACAAAGACUCACCUUUUUACCCCGGAUUGGCCGAAGACGAUGAACCCUUGUUUGACAAAAUGCAAUGGCAUUGUUGGAUGUGUAUAACAGGAACUGUUAGGAGAUCUACGGAUGGACAUUUGAUUCACUGUAAUGUAGACACCGAUUUAGCGAUCGAAACUGAAACCACACAGAAUGGUGCUAUACCCCCACAUGUGUAUAAAAUAGCAGAAAACUUCUCAACUGCUACCAGGAGAUUGCAUAUUAUUCCUUCUAGGACUGGAAGCGAGAACCCCGUGAGGUUAAGACCGGGUUGGGUUAUAAUGAGUCCUGAUGUAAUGCUAGACAAUUUCGAUCCCAAGAGAUAUAAAGAUGAAAUUAGACAGCUAGGAUCAAACCUACCAAUGGAAAACAGCAUUGAGUCCUUGAGACCCAAGAGCCCUGUCCAGAAGAAGAAUUGA